ACCAAGUUCACCGUACGUCAUCUCACUGCGACUAUUACUGUCGAGAGUAGGCAUAAAGGAAAGAUGGCGCCUUCCCCAACAAAGAGGAAGGACGAUGACAAAAGUAAACAGCGUGGUAAAGAGAAGUCAGAAACCAAAAAAGAGGGAGCUGACAAAGACCGGGGCCGAGAGAAGAACAGAACACGACGCAGUGCUUCUAGUGGCAGCAGCAGGUCCAGCUCCAGCUCCAGCAGCAGCUCAGGUUCCAGCUCUGGAUCCUCCAGUGGCUCCAGCUCCUCUGCCUCCAGCCACUCGGGCUCUUCCAGCUCCCGCUCCUCUUCCUCUUCAUCCUCAUCCUCCUCGCCGAGCCCCAGCCGCCAACGCCACAACAACAGACGACGGUCACGCUCAAAAUCAAAAUCAGCAAAGAAGGAUGACAGAGAUCGACGGCGUAGAAGCCCCACACCCAAACCUACCAAGGUCUACCUGGGCCGGCUGACCAGAAAUGUCAUCAAGGAACACAUCCAGGAGAUCUUCUCCACUUAUGGCAAGAUCAAGAUGAUUGACAUGCCAAUGAACCGCAUCCACCCUCAUCUGUCCAAGGGCUACGCUUACGUAGAGUUUGAAACCCCCGAGGAGGCAGAGAAGGCCCUGAAACACAUGGAUGGAGGUCAGAUUGACGGUCAGGAAAUCACAGUCACGGCCGUGCUGACUCCCACAGUGCGCCCCCCUCCUCGCAGGCUGUCCCCUCCCCGUAGGAUGCCUCCUCCACCCCCGAUGUGGCGGCGAACUCCUCCUCGAAUGCGCAGAAGGUCUCGGUCUCCUCGGCGACGCUCUCCGGUGCGGCGCAGGUCUCGAUCACCCGGCCGACGCCGCCACCGGUCACGCUCCAGUUCCAACUCUUCCCGCUAGAGAUUUGGAAACUCCCUGCCUUCCCCUGUACAUCUGCUCUUGUUCUGUUCUGUCCUUUUGAUCAAAACAAACAAGAAAGAGUUUUUGUGCUGUUACACCAAUAUGUCAUGAGAACACGGGCACCAGAAUUAUUACUCACCCAGUAAAUUAGUUUUGAGUGUGAAAGUGAUGUGAAUCUUUUGUGUGAGCCUUUGCAGUCAACAGAUCUCGAGAGAUUCUGGACCAACAUGUUAGACAGCGAUCUCUUCUAGCACCGUUAAGCCACAAAAUGAGGAAAUAUCUUUUGGAAGAAUGGAGCUCAUCCCUCCAGUAAAGGUCCAGACACUUGGAUAAUCAAUGCAAAGGUGCACUGAAGCUGUUCUGGCAGCAUGUGGUGGCUGCUUAAUGUUGGUUUUAUCUUCAAUUUAUCUCCUGUCUAUAUAUAUAUAAACAAUCAUAAAACCAACACUAAAAUAUGUUUCAUUUCAAAAUAAAUUAAAAGCAGUGAGCAAACAGACAUUUCCAAAAAGCCUUUGUUUGUAGUAUAGUGUUGGCUUUCUAAAGAAUACUGUCUGAAAGGUCUGGAACUAACUUUGACCCCUGCUAUAGGAAGUGAAAGUGGUUACUCAGGAGACAUGACUGUUCUGCAGAUAAAUAGAGGUUCUACACUGUGCACUGAGUCUCUGUUGAGUAUGAUUAAGAUUAUAAUUUCAGGAAAGUUGCAGCUAGCCCGUCUAAUACAUUUUUUAGGAUACUGACAUUAACACUUAUGACUGUAUUACACUGUUUAUGUAAAAACACUUCUUAAUCAAAUUGUGAUAGAGAUCCUUUUAACUUUCUUUUCUCUUUUUUUUCCUAUGAAUGAACAUUUUACUGUGAAAAUAAACCUGUACCACCUACUUUUCAAAAAAUGACCCUGAACAUAUUUCACAGUGGUAUCAGUGUACCUGCAGCGAGCUAAAACUGUCCAGUAUAUCAGCUUGGUCGACGUAUCGCUCCACUUCCUGCUUGGGUAUUUUACACAUUUGCACAGGUGAAGGCUUUUUGUGUAUUGUGCACACCAUUUGACUGAGAUCUACCACUGUAUCUAAUGCUGUGAAGUCACCAGUACUGCUUUUGCCCUGAAAAAUCAGUAUAAAAUUAAUUUUUAAGCUAUAUUUAAGCCAUAUGAUUAAAAACAUCUACAUUUUUACAGUCGCUUGCUAUCUUAUAUUUAAGGUAUUUAAUAUACUGAUUGAUUCUAGUGUCUGUGUUCUCGUCACUUUAAAACAGUUUUAGUAUUUAUUGAUAUAAUCAGUAUGUUAAUUAAAUCCAUCCAAAAGAGACCAGAUCUCAAAUUUUAGUGCUGUCCAGUGUCAUUUUAAUAGAUUAUUAACACAGUUUAUAUGGUGCUAUUUGUCAUAAUUUAGGUAUAAAUCAACUGUAACCCCCCACCCCCUCUUUGAGAAAUAACCCUUAUUGCCAUUUCUAUAGUAGUAGGGGAUAUAGGGGAUGUUGAACUAAAUAACAGGAUUACCAUACAAUAAACAACACCCUAGUGAAUGGCUGACUGGUGAUGCUCAUACAGUUAGUCUUUUGUUGAAGCUGUCAGGGCUGACAUACUGUAACAGCUGAUGUGUUUUUGCUCCAUGCUGUCAUUUUGCAACAUCUGACAGAAUGAGCAGAAAUUGUGAGUGAUGUUCCAGCACCAGUGCUUACGGUGAAUGACAAAGACAACGGAACAAAUGAGUCACAUCAAGUUUCUGCUUCAACAGAAGUCUGAAAGUGACAGACAUUACUGCUCUGUCGGUACUAAAACGUCAGAGGGUCACUGUGUCGGGAAUCUCUGUUCUUUUGUCCACCUCCUCCCUCAUAGGUAACCUCUGAUGCAGACGUUUGUGUUUUGAACUGUGGGAGUGAGUUAUGUUGCUUUUAUUACCGCCAGACUGAUAAAGUCUCUGUGAGUCAUUUUGUGUUUGUGUCUCAUUUUGUGCAACAGACAAAAUGUGCUGCUCAUCUUGCGGUUGUGACAAUAAACUUAUGUUUUAAAGUGUU